UCAUUCUUGUCAACAAAUUUUAUUGUGGCAACAUUCAAUAAACGAUGUUUCGUGCCGCUCGCAUUGUCUUGUGAUUUUUCUCCUUGUUUAUAAUUUUCACGAAAAUAACGGAAAAUGAAACAUAACUGUAAAGUUUCAUGUUAGACAAUAAGUAAAUAUUAGUACGUAAUUUAUUUUGCCGUGACCUCUUAAGCUGUAAUUUUUCCUAAGCUGUUUAUCAUGUGUGGCGAAUGUGUCAAGAUUAGAAAGAAACAUACUUUUGCAUUGUAAUACGGAUAAAUAGCGGAGCCGCUACAAAAUGGAGCACUCGGACCUGGUGUCUGAGAUGGCUCAGGUGGAGCACCUCACCACACAGGAGAGGCUCCAUCUAGCAAGGAGGCGUCGCAUGCAGCAGCUCAAACUAUGGCAGCAGCGAGAGAAGGAAUGGGCGCGGUCGCGAGCCAAGCGAGAGAAGAGCACCAAGCGGAACAUCUACUUCAGCGACAGCGUCAUGCUUCUAGAGGCCGCUGCUAGAAACGACAUUGACGAAGUUCGCCGGCUGCUUUCCCGCGGGGUAACCCCAGACGCGACCAACGAGGACGGCCUCACAGCUCUUCAUCAAUGCUGCAUCGACAACAACGAAUCUAUGAUGCGCCUCCUCCUCGACAACGGCGCCAACGUAAACGCCGAAGACAGCGAGAAGUGGACACCCUUACACGCGGCAGCCACCUGCGGGAACCUCAACCUAGUCAGAAUCCUAAUUCAACGAGGAGCCAAUUUAUUAGCGGUUAAUGGGGACGGGAACAUGCCUUAUGAUAUAUGCGAGGAGGAGAGAACGCUGGAUGCGAUAGAGAGCGCGAUGGCGGAGCGAGGAGUAACGCAAAGGUUGAUAGAUGAAACGAGAGCGGCCACGGAGAUGAAGAUGUUGAUGGAGGUUGCUGAGCUCGCUAAGGAGGGAGUGGAUUUGGAUGAGCCGAGAGACAACCAAGGGGCUACGCUGCUCCACAUAGCAUCAGCAAAUGGGUACCUGAAAGUGGUGGAGUUUCUAUUGGAGCACCGCGCGGCCACCGACGUGGUGGACCACGACACGUGGCGGCCUGUACAUGCGGCCGCCUGCUGGGGACAUUUGGAGGUGCUGGAAAUGUUAGUGCAAUAUGGAGCUGAUCUCAAUGUCAGAAAUAAACACGACGAGACGCCUGCAGACAUCUGCGAGGAGGGCGAGAUGCGCCUGCGCAUAGUGCGGCUGGCCGCCGAGCAGGAGGAGCACCGCCGCCGCGCGCACCCGCCCGAGCGCCGCGCCGGCGCACGCCGCUCCUCCUCCACCGCCAGCAGCAGCCGUGUCCGGUCCGUCCGACGCACGUCUCUACGGGAAAAGCAAAUGGCGGCCAAGGCGGACGCGCGCGGCGAGGCGCGCCUGAGGGAGACCUUCGACUCCGUCGUCGACGACGACAUGCAGGGCUUAUCGAACGGCGUGGAAAAUGAUCAGAAUACUGCUAAUAUACCUCCCAGCGACCUCACACACAAGCGUCUCUCCACCGGGUCCACCAUGUCCAACCAAAGCGCCGACUCCGGCAACGUAGACUAUGCCCCCAAACACCAGUACCUGCCCCACAGAGAGGAGGACAAAACCUUUACGCAACCCAAAAUAACCAACCCCCUAUUCGGCGUCAACGCCGCCUCACACUACGCCCCCCAACCGGUCCUAGAAGAAGAGCCCAAGCAUUACGAAAGACAACUACCCAACGGCAUCCGUAAAGCCCCCGAAGGCCAAGACAACGAUGCCCUCAAAAACGAGGACGCAAUUGACGGUAGGAAAGACCUAGUAGUGAGCCCGAACCAAAUCGCCCUCACAGAGGGCGCUGCCACCUACACCACAGAUAAUAAUGGUAAAAUCAAUGUUCAUGUCACCGUCAUGAUUAACGCAGGCACCCUCGCCGACUUGAAGAAGCAGCGAUCACAGAUAAGAACAAAUGGUAGCCCAGUGGAGAACAGUCUAACAUCAACGAACAACCAUAGUAUAACUUCAUUACCGGAGGGCGUAGGCCAGGAGGCGAUGCCAGUCCAGCUCAACCCACUCACGCUGUCCCCAAGUGCUGGCACCGUACCGCGCUUCUCGGGACACACGAGCGACGUAGUCGGGGACACGCGGUCGCGCAGGUGCUGUAUCAUUAUGUAGACUAUGGGAAAGUGCGGUGUAAAUGUCUGAUUGAUCAUUCCAAAAAUAAUUUGGGAAUUUAUUUUAAUUGUCGAUCAAAUUGGGGCGGUUCGAGAACUUACUGACGUGUUGAUAGGGUAUUUUUGCAAUAUAUCACUAUUAAGUUACAAAGUGGAUGAAUAUUUGGUUUUCUAACUUAUAAAUGGGUUGAUGAUGGUAGUUAUGCUCUUCCGUGAGCCAUCAUCAGGCUUAAAAUACUUUCUUAUAGAAAUGUUAUAAUAAAUACUCCUGUGGGCUUUUGUUUAUGCUUAGUGAGUAAAAGUAAAUCAUGUUAUGGGUGUCGGAGAUGUAACCAUACCAACAAGGGACAGAAAAAAUGUAUUGACCCAACUAAAAAGUUACUUCUUGUAAGAAUGGCCAAUAACAUUAAGGUUGUGUAUAUUCUGAAUUAAUUAUGUAAGAGAUAGUACUUCAAAGAGUCCUAGGCCGCCUAACAAUCCCAUUUGAGAUCAGGGCUCGAUUUUAUAAAGCUACUAAUUACAAUUAGUGUGAUUUGUACUGUAUAAAAUGGGGUCCAGACGUAUGCCGGUGGAAUUGCCAUUGCAGCUCACAGCUACGGCUUGCCAAUGUGCUAAGAUCAUUGUGAUAGUUGCACGAGCUCAACAGUUAUUGUACCUAGAGGUAAGAUGGUUGCUAAUAUUUUAGUAAACUCUUUCUAUAUCCCAGAUAUUAAAAUGACUUCUAGUGUGUUUUUUUAAUAGAACCGUGUUGAAAUUGAUCACCGCAAAACGCGUGUAAACGUCAUUACUAAAUUAGAUCUACUACUAAUAAUUACUUUUUAAAAUUACUUUGUAAUAUCUGGGUUAUAGAAAUAGAGAUAAGUUGUAACAGAUUCCUAUACGUAAGAGUUAUCUUUUAGAUCCGAUGAACGUAUUUUAAAGCGUCAUCUUCGCCUUAGCAUUUUCCUAGUUAACAUUCCUUUAUUUAAUUAACUUAUUCGUAUUUGAAAACAUUAUAUGUGUAGACAAAGUAUUGUGAUUGGAAAUUGAGUACUUAAAAUAUUUUAAACGCAUAUUGUAUUAUAUAUAGAUUAUAUUUUUAAGAGUAUUUUGUACAACAUUGCAUUAUUAACAAAAGUAUCAAUCAGUAUUUUAUUCUACACUACGUAUUCCAUUAUAGAACCUAAUUGCAAUAUAUGAAGUGCCUCCCGGUUCAGUUGUAAAGCAAAUUAUAUAAAAUUGACAUAAUAAUAUUAAUAACUUAUUUUUUUAAUAUGUAAGAAAUUGAUAUUUAUGUAGCUUGGUAUGUAUAAGUAAUUUAUUAAUAAUUAAAAUGUUUCAGAAGACCUAUUGGAACAUAAUACCGUGAAUAUGCAUUUAAAACAAGAUAUUUACUAUGACAUUUUGUUCCUGAGAUUCGAUCGCUUCUUGUACAAAAAAGUAUUUGUUACGUGGACCAGUGCUGGCAAUAAACCCAUUGAUGUAUUGAUACUUAAUCUACAUAUACAACAUAAAUAACAUAAGCUAUAUAUUGAUUUAGAUCAAACUGGAAUAAGGUAUACAUUGAGAGGCAAAAUACAUAAUAAAUUACGAGCUUAAUACUACCUAUACUGGUUAAGUUAGCUAAUUGAUAAACUAAUAAACUUUAUUUAUUAUGUAAUUAGCCCUUUUUUACUAUUUUGAUAUUUAUUCCUUUUAUCGUCAACCUUAUUCUGGCAUGAUCCCAUCAAAGCAUUACAAAAUGAUGACUGUCUGAAUUCAGUUUUGAAUUUAACAAGAGAUUUAUUGUAAUCUUGAAAAUAAGCUAAUCAUUGCUAGGUAUAAAUAUCUUGUAGAAUCGUAUGACAAAUAUACACUCCAUCGCUUUUCGAUAAAAACCAUUGAUUACAACAUGAUAAUAAUAUCUCACAUGACUGGUAAAAAUGAACUUAAUGCUAAUAAAUCGUAAUUUAAAAACAUUCCAAAUGACUUUUCGCAUUUGAGUUUUGAAUUACUUUAAGACAGUUGUUAUGUAGUAUUGUCAUUACUGAUUAGGUACUUAAUGUUUGGGCGUAUGAGCAAACUAUGUUAACAAUUUAAAUUUAUUAAAUGUUACCUUUUGAUAAAUUACUUCUUAAGAAUUGGUUUACAACAUGAUCAAAGUAAAAUGUAACUCAUAUAGAGAUAUACUCGACGAUUGUCUACACGGAUAAACAUGCUUAAAAACAAAAUAGAUAAAUGUUUCGUACAGUCAGUCAGCUUGACAGUUUUUUUUCUUUUUUUUUCUUUUUUUGAUGCAAAAAAAUUACACAGCAUUACAGCGAACUAAUACACUGUGAAAUUUAAAACAAACAGUAUCAUACAGACUAGGUAUAUUAUACGGUCUUAAGUAGAGGACAAACAGUAGGUACAAAUGCAAAAAUGAAAAACUAAUACAAAACAGUUGAGGAUUUCAGGUCAUGCUAUACCUCCAUAAUGUAUGACACGUUUUUCUUUUGGCUCCUAGGUUUGUUUCGUGCGCCCCAUGAUUAUUAUAAACUCGUCCGGCGCUUUUAACUGUUCAGAGCGAUAUCCGAACUUAGCUCAAAAACGUCGAGCAUAUAUCUACAUGAAGACGUAGUAAAUUUAAAUUGCCCAUCCACUAAUGAGAUUAAACAGCUGACUGUUGAUAGAGUGAGGGGGCCACAGCGCGUUUAGUUUAACAUCCGCACGUUACGACAACGUUUGAGCACGACCCCAGUAGAACUUGUAGAACAAAACCCCCGGUUGUAAGACUUUGGUCUCCCAUUGACGUAGGUACACUGCGUAAAAGGACUCGUUAUAUAUGUAGAACCUUGUAUCAUUUAUUGCUAUACGCAGAGCAUGGUUAGCGGAAGACCGAAGCCUAAAACCUUUAGCGGCACUAAAUAUAGGUAGGUAUAUUAAAAGUUCUCCACUUCAUGAAUAUGACAACGUUGUACGUGACGUUUGGAUUGUAAGUGAAUGCCUUUUCUUGUUCAUUUAUUGCUAAAUACUCUAUGUGUGCCAAUGUUUUCUUAUUCGUCGUAGUCGCGAUCAAAACUUAAAUAGUUUGCAUUUUAACUUUUUAAAGGACAACUCGUAUUAUCUAUUUAGAUCAUUGUAGUUUAUGUAUUUUUAAUUUUUUUCGCCUGAUAUUAUUCAGUGUUCAAGGUCUGUGGUAUUCUUGUUAGAUUUUAAUGGCAGCUUGAUCCAUUAAGUAGAAAGUUUUUAGAUUUAUAAACUGUAUUUUAAAUAUAAACGCGCCUUAAAGCACGAAUAGUCACAGUAAGUGCACAUGAAAAUAAUUGUCCCGAAGGAUUCCCCAAAAUGUACGGAUUAUACCGCAACUACAGUGAGUAUUAAGUGAGUUUAAUCGGUUUAUAUGAUAAUGUUCUUAUUAUAUUAUUAUGAAUGUCACGUGGGUUUCAUUAGGUCCCAUCCAGUAGUAAUUCAUUCGUCCAUAUCUUAGUCACUAGUGUAAACAAGUAAUGUAGAUGAUUUUUAUCUUUAGUACUUAGAAAACUAUUGUUAUUAACACUCUUUCGGAACGUGUUAACUUAGAAUAAUAUUGCGCAUAAAACAUUUUGAAGAUUAAAAAUAUGUUGGGCUUAUAUAAAUUUAUGAAAGCCCCAAAUAUAUUUCAUAGUAAUGGUCCCAAAAAUAUACUUAUAUAUGAAAAUGAUACACAAUUGUCUUAAGCAAUACAGAAUGGCCUUAAAGAGAGAUAUACUGUAUAAGCACAAUUUACAUUUCGGUUGUUUUUCUUCAUAACAGUAUUAUUUUAUGAAUGCAUUUUACAUAUUUACCUACCUGCACAUACUGCGUUUUUGUGGUAUUGCUAUUGUAUUUUAUAAAAAUAUUAAAACCAGAAAUAGUAUAAAAAUAAAUUGAACAGUUUACGUUUUAAAUUGUAAUUCAGCGUAAUCACUAAUCAGAUUUACAAACGAGGUAAUGUGAAAUAAUUGAAAAAGAGUAGAGGUGAAUUUAUCUGUUAUAUCACUAGUAUAAUUAUAGUCCCACUGAUAAGGUCUAAAUUUGUGUUGUAAAUUAUAAAUAUAUUUGUAUAUAAUGAUUAUGUGACCGUUGAUACCAGUGCCUCCAGUCAGUACUAUUAGAUGCGUACUUAAAUUAUCAAAGUACUUAUAUUGUAGUAAUUUCUGCAAAAUUUCUUAGGGAUAUUUAAAAUAAAUUUCAGAACAUUGUAUUUAUAGUUGGUCAAGCAAAUCUUGUCAGUAGAAAAAGGCCCGAAAUUCAAAUUUUCUAUGGGACGAUAUCCCUUGGCGCCUACAUUUUUUUAAAUUUGCCGCCUUUUUCUACUGACAAGAUUUGCUUGACGUAUUUAUUGUAAGUGCUAAACCUUUAUCGAGGAAUGACGUCACAACUCUUGUGUCAAAAUAAGUGUUCUUUUACAUUGGAUGCCUAUUUUUUUGUGAAAAUAGUCAUCACAUUUCGAAUGGUUUUCUAGUGUUUUUUGACCUUAAACGAGUCUAAAGAUUUCUAUUGCUCAUUUUUACAAACUUUUUGCUAAAUUCUUACUAUUUAUAGACUUGGUAGAGUAAUACAUAUCGAUAGGCAUGUUUAGUAUCUCAGUGUUGUUCAAUGAUUCCUAUUAGAUCUUGCCCUCUACGGUCUUGCCCUGUUCGAACUACAUGCCACAAAUAGACAUGUUGUGUAGAUUAUCCAUAAAACUCUUAGUCUCACAUUACCUAGUAGAAAAUAUAUGACAUACCAACACAAUUUGAGCUUUGUAGUCAUAACACUGGUAUGAAAACUUCCACCAAAGAGUUUUAAAAUAGUUUUAUAAAAUAUAUUGAUUAUGUCAUUAUUAUUAAUAGAUGGAUGUUGUGAAAAUUAUUACAUACAAUGUUUAUUACUAAAAAUAACUUAUUUCAUUCGAUAGACAGGUCUGAUUUGUAGUUAGACAUUCUGUCCAUUCUGUGAAAGAAUUCAAGUAUUUAUGUAAGGAGUCAAUACUGUCUUAUUAUUCUGAUGAUUAUUUUGGUGCGUACAUCCAUUUUAUGAUUAUGGGUGUUCAAAGUGCAGCUGAUACGAUUUAUUAUAUUAUUAUUAUAUCAAAUAUUAUGUAACUUAUGUUUAAAUAGAUAAAAGUUAAAUUUGGUACAAAAAGAUAACUUACCUACUGGUGUUGUAUUUACAUAUAACGUAAAAAAUGCACGUCCAAAAAGGCAAAAAUGCAAUAUAGGUGUGUUGUUCUUACUGUAAUGAAAACUGAUAAUAUUUAAACAUAAGUAUGAAGAAUUCUACUUUUUUGUUAUAAUGUAAAAAAUAAACCAAUUAUUUAAACCAAA